CAACGUUACCCCAUACCUAACGAAUGCAAGCAAUUACGGGUUUUGGUUUUCAAUCAAUGGAAGAUCCUACCUUUUCAGCUCAGCGAAAAAUACCUGGCUGGAAGCGGUUAACACGUGUUGUGCAAUAGGAAUGAAGAUUCUGAGCAUAGAAUUUGACUACGAAUACAAUAAUUUGAUUUCAGCAGCCAUAAAUUCAUCAGUUGCUAAAGGCACAUUUUGGACUUCUGGAAGCGACGAGGGUUGCGAAGGUAAAUUUAGUUGGUGCUCGGUGAAAAAACUGGUCAGAAAUCAAGAGGCCAAGUGGUUCCCUCAGCAACCAGACAAUUUCGGGGGAAAGGAAAACUGUGUUACUAUAGGCUUGAGCAAAACUGUAGCACUACUUAGUGAUGUGGACUGCUCAAGCAGUAACAGGUACAUUUGCGAGGCGAGGGAUACGAGAAAUACUCCGGUCAAUUCCGAUGCAAUAGUUGAGGAAUGCGCUGCGGUGUUCAAUGUUUCUAAAGAAGAAACCCAGAAAACGGAGGAUUUAUGUGGAAUGGUAAACGACGAGAGGGUUUUGUUGCUGGCGGAGAUGUUUGCUGAAAGUUCUGACGAAUUAUUGCAAGAAAACAUGAUUGCCAUCUCAACCUGCAGCUCAAAAAAGGGAAUGGAUGAGUGCGACACAGCUGCUUUAAUUUUUCAAUGCGGCCAAGAAACUGCUCCACAAUUAGUCACCAACUUGAUUAACACAGCGCAACUGGACACAACAGCAGAAUCAGUUCCUCUCCCUAGAAUUGCGCCCAAGUGCCUUACCGAUUUCAGCUGUGUGAUCGAUCAAAGUAUGAGAGACGAUUACUUGAACAACCGAGUAACAACAAAUGCAGAAACUUUCACUGCUUGUGGAAUAAAAUACCUCCUUGAUUAUCAAGCCCGUUCUUAUCAAGACGCCUCAUCACUAUGCUGCAAAUACGGUCUUAAACUGGCUUCAAUCGAAAACGCCGAGGAACUUUUUUGCAUCAACCGCUCAUCAAUGGGAAUGAACUUUAGAGAAGAAUGGAUCCACACAUGGGUAGCGGCGAGCAGACUUGGCGCCUCAGACCCCUCGGACUACAGAUGGUGCACGUCCAGUGGUCGAUUCAAUCUAUUGCCUGAAAUUCCCGAUCGCUAUCCCGAGCGCAUUUCUUACCUCGAUUGGUAUUUGUUCUCAAUUAAAUUUAGACCACCGGCAGCGAUACCAGUUGUUCUCGUGGCGCGAGAUCGCCUCUCGAGCAGGUUGCCUACUUUAUGCAAACCUUGAAAUUGAUUGGAAUUGUUGGUUUUACGAUGUGUCCAAAUAUUUUAAAUAAAUUGAAAAACAGCAAAAAUAAAUUUUAUAACACGCGCUUCAGGAUGUGCACAGAGCAGUUUUGAUAGCAGCUCUCUGA